ACAAGUUCACAUCACGGAUUACAAUGUUAAUGGGGAGCUUAAUGAUGGAAGAGAAGCAAUUAGAUUUCAACCGCCCGCUAAUAUCCAUUAGACGGCCUGCACAAAUUUCAGAAUCUGAGAGCAAAACAAGAUCUUUUGAUGCAGCAAAUAACAAGAUUCCUCCUUCUCCACCGGUUUACAAGUCUGAUAUCAAGUCAGGUCCUGUGAGAAAUCCAGGAACUGUUCCUUUUCAAUGGGAACAUAAGCCGGGAAAGCCGAAAGACGAAAGGAAACCGGUUUUACAAAGUUUUGUAGAGCCACAUUUUGUGCCAAAGCUUCCUCCUGGUAGAGAGCGAGUAGAGUUAGUGAGGAAACCUGAAACUAGAGCUGAUCACCAGACCAAAACUGUAUCAUCUUCGGAUAAAUAUCUUGUGGAUGAGGCAAAGAGUUAUAGUUCUCGUGCUGUUAGUGGUGUGAGCGGUUUGGAUGGUUCCGGGAUACUAGUAGAGCCAUUUGGAACUUUAUCGAGUGAUCGACAAACUCAGGAUCUAAUGAUGGGGAGAUUCUUGCCUGCAGCGAAAGCUUUGACUUCAGAAACACCUCCACAUCUUACUAGGAAACCGCCUAAACCAGAAGAACCGACGAAGCAGUUGAUGAAGAAGGUAGUACUGGUAAAGGAGAAACAGAACAAAGUUGAGCAAAAUCCGUAUCGUUUUCGUCAUUCGUCUGAUCAAGAAGAGGAAGAUGAAAAUACAAGCAGCAUGGGUUCUGGUGUUUGUGGAUUGAUCCCUCAGAUAUGCUUGAGAAGCUCUUUAGGACUAUUGAAUCCGGUUCCAUCUGUGAGAAUGCAAGCACAAAGAGCUGUUUCUGUUCGUCGUAUGCGGUCUAAGUAUCAAGAUUCUACACCUUCUCAUGAAAGUCAGGACAAGCAAAUCAAUGAAGAUAAGAGGAAACUGAAGCUAAAUGAAACAGUUUCACAAGGGUCUUCUCAAGGUGAGUCAUUAUCAGUAUCUUCUAUUCCACAAGGAAAGGAAAAACUCGAGAUCUUAUGCACUAAAGUCAGUAAAAACUUUGGUGAGCUCUUGGCUAGUGAUGAUAAUACAUGGGAACCUUCGUCUGAGACUCCUGUGGCAGAGAAAACUCUGUAUGUAGACACCGUGCAUUCAGUAGAUAAAAAGGUACAAGAAGAGUCCAAGAAGCAAUCGUUAUUGAAAGACUAUCCUUCACUAGACAUUGUUCCUGUAAAAGAUGAAGAAGCUGCUAUCUCGCAGCCUAAAAGUAUUGAGCAAAUGAAUGGUAACAGAGAUGAGGAUUUCACUAAAGUCUCAAGUCAGAAAGUUGAAGAAUGUCCUGAUCAAGCUCUUGUUGCACUACCAGAAUCCAAUGUGGUAGAGUUUACAAAGGAGAAGAAGAUUGAUCUUGAAGUCCAGUUGCAGGGAAUCACAACAAAUCUUGAAAGCUCAAGGCUUCAUUAUCGUUCAUCUUAUCACAUUGUUCCUCCACCACCAUUACCAAAAGCUCCUUCAGAUUCUUGGUUAAAGCGUACAUUACCAACAAUACCAUCAAAGAACAACUCAUUCGCAUGGUUACAGUCUCUUGGUACUGAUGAUAAUCACUUCACCAAGACUCAAGCUAAUCCAAAGUGGGAAACUAUGGUCAAAACGUCCAAUACACAACAAGGCUUUGUGUGCUUCUCCAAGGAAACACUAAACUCUAUACCAGAGUCAUAGCAAGACCAAAACAAAUUCUCACUUGAGGUAAUGAAGAAGCUACUGUAAAUUUUUUCACACCAAAUUACAUGUAAAUUUCAACAAUUAAUAAAGAAGGGAUGGGCCAAUAAAGUUUGGGUUCUUUGUCUUUAGUUAUUUGUGUAAAUCUGAAUCAAAAGAUUCCAUAAUAAAGAGAAAGCUAUGGAGAUAAUUGUCUUAAAUAUUGUCUGUCAUUUAUGGAGAGGUUUCUUGUUGAAGUGAUGUACAGCUCAUGUUAACAGAGAUUUUGUGGCAAUAAUUCCAUGUGACACUGCUUAUUUAUUCUCUUCUCUAAUAGACAUUUUUUUGUUCU